UGCAUGACCUUGCACUUAGUACUAUAAAAUUUCAUCCCUUUUCUAUUUCUCCCAUUUUCAAGGUCCUCCAGAUCUUGUAUGAUAUUACGGUCCUCGUCUGUAUUGGCAAUACCUCCCAACUUUGUGUCAUCUGCAAAUUUUAUUAGCACACUCCCACGUUUUGUGCCAAGGUCAUGAAUGAAAAUGUUAAAUAAGAUUGAUCCCAAGACUGAUCCCUCAAGGGCAUUCCCUCUGCUGAAUAUCAAAGGAGCCAGCAACUAGGAAGAAUGACAUCUACCAGUGUAAUUAAAAAGAUGUUUACAUGUACGCUUUCUGGAAUGGACAUGUAGCAAUGGAAUUAGUUUAGUAUUCUAGCAAAGAGCAUAAAACUUGAAGUCUCUUUAUUUUGAUUCAAUUUUCCAUACUGAAAAUAUACACUACAGCUUUGCUUUAUAGAAAACAUUAUGAGAAGGUUGUAUCACUAGGUGUAAGAGUGUAUUUAGAUAUGCUCUGACUUCUUCUCCUUCUUAUAUUAAGUGAUAACACAGUGACAAUAAUGAAAAACUAACUCAGAAUGAAAUUUACGAAGUGGAAUUUUACUAUGUCAGUUCUUGGAAUUGUAAUUUAUGUAGCUGAUAUUGCAGCAGAUAUCUGGGUCACUAGUAACUAUUUCUGUGAGGGACAAUAUUCUUUGGGAAUCUUGACACUGGUUUUUAGGUUGCUGUCAUCAAUAAUAGUACAGAUAUUUAGUUAUGAAUGGUUUAAAGACGACUGUGGAAGCCCUGAUCCUGGGAAGCUGAACUGGAUUUUUCUACUUCAUUUCUUGCAUGGUGGAAUUUUUACAAGGUAUUGGUUUGCAUUGAAAGUUGGCUACCAGGCUGCUUUUAAACAAAACAGCUCAGGAGAUCAACUUACUGGGGGCCCUGCCAGUAUCAUUCAUAAAUGCGCCAUUGAUGCAGUGACUGAUAUUAGUAUGCUCAGGGUAUUUAAGACUUUCCUGGAGACCACACCCCAGCUCAUUCUUCAGAUUUACAUCCUGAUGGAGCAUGACAAGGCUGCCUUCAGUCAGUAUGCUUCCAUCAUCACAUCUUUCUGCAGCAUUUCCUGGUCAACUCUUGACUAUCAGAUAUCGUUACGAAAAUCUCUGCCUGAUAAUAAUCAAUUUUCUGGGGUGCCUCCUAAAUUAAUCUACCUCUUGUAUAAACUGUUCACACUGACUUCUUGGAUAUUGAGUAUUGCACUGGUCACCCUAUUAAAUAUCAUAAGUAGUAUAGUUCUGCUAAUAUUUCUUUGGACCUUGGGCUUCAGCUGGACUUUGAAGCAACACACUACGUUUUGCAAAUCUAAAAGGAUGGAAUUUUUAUUCAGGACUGUUGUUGGGAUCAUUCUUAUUUUUACAUUUUUUAAUGUCAAGGGGAAAAAACAAAAAUAUAUUUCUAGUUAUUAUGCCACUCAUGUGGUUGUAACUUUAGGCAUAAUGUGUGUGUGUUUGUUCUGGAAGACUUCAGUUACUGAGCAAUUAUAUUUUACAUUUGUGAGCAUCACAAUUGUUCUCACUCUGGGGUUAGGUAUUAUUUGUCUUAUUGUUUAUUAUAAGUUUUUCCAUCCCACUAUUUAUUUCAAACAAGAGAGUGCUUCAGAUAAAGUUGAUGGACUAGCAAGAGAAAGAGAAGAAGAAAUCAGUAGAAUAAGAAAUUUCAUAAUGCCAUGAACAUUAUAGAAUUAUGUGAAUUUUUAAAUACGUGCAAAUCAAAGCAAAUACUGCCUGGGGGACUGUUAGUUACUCUGUCUUUACUUUUCAUACUUGCAAUGAGCAUUUCAAGUAAAAUAAUUGCUAAUGGGAAUGGUAGUACU